AUGACUGCCUCUGACCAUCACGAUGAGCUCAUCCAGGGCCAUGUCCGUGAGCUGCCCAGCCAAUUCUCCCUGCUGUCCCUGCUGGCGUUUGCCUUCUCCAUCAUGAACUCCUGGGUGGCCUUUGUGAGCCUGCUGGUGACCAACCUGACCCUCGGCGGGCCUGGUCUCUGCCUCUGGGCCACCAUUGUUGCCUGUGCGGCCGCAACCAUCAUCGCCAUGGGGCUGGCGGAGUUGGUUUCAGCGUUUCCCUCCAGUGGUGGGCAGUACCAUUGCGCCCUGAUGGUCUACCCCCUCCGAUACCGAGCAGCCGCUGCGUUUGCCACGGGCUGGCUCAGCGUGCUGGGAUACCUGUUCACCACGGCCUCGAGUGCCAUCUUCGUGGCCGAGUCGAUCAUGGGCGUCGCGGAGAUCUAUUACCCAGCCUUUGCCGCCCAGCGGUGGCAGAUCUGGUGCAUCUACGCCCUGAUGCUGAUCCUCGCCACCGUCGCCGUCACCGUCUGGCCCUCGCUGGUGCCCCGUACGCAGUCCAGCUUCUUCGGGGCCUCCGUCCUGGGCAUGCUCGUCAUCACCAUCGCCGUCCUGGCCGCCAGUCCCACCAAACAAUCGGCUGCCGUGGCCCUGGUCAACUACGACAAUUCCUCCGGCUGGCCGUCGGGUAUUUCCUUCAUGUUGGCCACCGGCCAGUCCAUGUGGUCAUUUGCCUGCGUCGACAGCGCCACGCACAUGGCCGAGGAGAUCCCUCGCCCCGAGAAGAACGUGCCGUUGGCGAUGCUGCUGGGCAUGCUCAUCGGCCUCGUCACCAUGGUCGGCUUCACACUGGCCAUGCUGUUCUCCGCGACGGAUUUCGACCAGAUCGCCACCUCCGCCGCGCCCAUGUACGAGUGCUUCAUCCAGGCGUUCGACUCGCCGGGCGCCUCCCUCUUCCUCACCAUCUGGGUGAUUAUCGUCUAUUUCGGCUCCUGCGUCGGCCUCAUCACCACCACCGGCCGCCUCAUCUGGGCUUUUUCACGCGACAACGGCCUGCCCUUCUCCAGCGUCUUCGCCACGGUCAACCGCCAGCUGCUCGUCCCUGCCAACGCCAACAUCGCCACCUGUGUCUUCUGUCUGGCGUACGGCUGUCUGUAUAUCGGCUCCCCCGUCGCCUUCAACACCUUCAUCUCCACCGCCAUCCUCUUCCUCAGCCUCAGCUACACCGUCCCGCAGAUCCCCCUCCUCUUCCACAAGAACCGCGACCAGUGUCUCCCGCCGCGGCCCUUUUCUCUCGGCCGCUUCCUCGGGCCCUUCUGCAACCUCUUCUCCAUCGCCUGGGUCCUCCUCUAUGCCCUUCUCUUCUCCUUCCCCCUGGUCAUCCCCACCACUCUCGCCGACAUGAGCUACGUCUCCGUCGUUCUGGUCGCCUCCAUUGUCUUUGUCGGCUCCCUCUGGUUCCUCGGCGGCAAGCGCUCCUCCUUCACGGGGCCUCUGCAGUACAUGGAGGCCGUCCACGCCGAUCUCUGUACUAUCACUAAUUAUAAGGAUUAUUACGGAUUAUAA